UAAAAUUGGAAUUUACUAGACGGACGCGAAGGCAGCAGGGCUGUUAGUUGUAUUGCAUUCCAAAAUGACGGACCCGUCAACGUCUCCAGAAAACCACUGGAAAACAGACGGUGCUUUCAGCGACAGUGGCUUUGACCAUAGUUUCUUUGCUGAAACUGCCAGAAAGGGUACCGUCGUGUCUAGGGCCAACAGCAUCGGCUCGACAAGUGCCUCUUCAGUACCAAACACAGAUGAUGAAGACAGUGACUACAGGCGUGAGACGUCGUAUAAAGACGAGUAUAAAGAUCGACGGAGACAAGCACACACACAGGCUGAGCAGAAGCGUAGAGAUGCUAUCAAGAAAGGCUAUGAUGACCUCCAGGCAAUAGUGCCAACCUGCCAGCAGCAGUCUGAAUUUGCAGUGGGAGCGCAGAAGAUCAGCAAGGCUACCAUUCUGCAGAAAACAAUUGACUACAUCCAUUUUCUUCAUAAAGAAAAGAAGAAGCAAGAGGAGGAAGUUUCUGUACUAAGGAAAGAAGUGAUGGCAUUGAAGAUCAUGAAAACGAACUAUGAGCACAUAGUGAAGGCCCACCAGGACAACCCACAGCAGGGAGAUCAGGUGUCUGACCAGGUCAAGUUCAACAUCUUUCAGAGCAUCAUGGACUCCCUGUUCCAGUCUUUCAGCACUUCUGUGUCAGUGAACAGCUUCCAAGACCUCUCUGCCUGUGUUUUUAGCUGGAUUGAGGAGCACUGCAAACCACAGACACUGAGGGAGUUUGUCGUUGGAGUGCUCCGGCAGCUCAGUGGUCAGCUUUAUUGAUCGAGUGAAACCUCUGGACUGAAGUCCCAGACUUUGGGCUUGCUCUGGCCUCUCAGGCUGGAGUAAAAACUUUUAUCAGCCUCAGGCCAAAUCACAGUAUUUACACUCACUUCAGCUCAUCCAUGACUCCCUGGCUGCAAUUGGAUUACCUCAACCCACAGUAUGGGCAGAGAUUAAUUGCAUUGAUUGCAUUGGAUUGAGCAGUUUUAUGUUUAAGAGAUCACUUUUUGAUCUCUUUCUGAUUGCAAGUGUACAUACAUUGAUAUCUGGAUAUAUUUCAGCCUUUGCUGACUGUUCAUAUUUCGUUCUAUUAUUCUGCUAAGAAAUGCAGGUGAAAUGCAACAAUUUAGAAUUUAAAAUAAUAGUUUGCAAAUGAAUGUGUAUGUUAAAUGCAUUGGGCAGGCAAAACAGCACCCUGCAUUAGUGUCUGCAGUAGCUGGCACUGCCAGUGGGAGGUUUCAUCUGCAAGACUCUCAUCACAGAUUAAGUAAAUGUUUGGUAUUGCUUCUGUAACCUCUUAAUCUAACAAAUGGGAAAUAGAGAGAAGGGUGAAACUCAUGAGCCCACACCUUCCCCUCUGUCACAUCAAGCAUUUUGUAGCUUAAUGCCGAACCAAAGGGCUCCUCUCAGCUUGAGCGCGCACCACUUGUGAGUCAGCCAUACCACUCCUGACCUGAACCAUAGCAGACCUUGGAAAAUACUCCACUCCUACUCUACUGCAGGGUAACUGUCACGUAUUCUAACUGUGCUAUCACGAGCACGCUCUGGGGUGUAUGUGCAUUUUAUCACCAACUAUUUAAGCUUUAGUCAAACAAACUGAGGUGUAUAUUAAUGCAACGGUGACGAGCCAACAAAAAUGCUGAAAUCUCAUGGGUGAUAGGUCUGCAACGUAGGCGGCAUACAGGUCGAAAAUGUAUGAAUCUAUGUUUAUAUACAGUAUAUUGACUUUGACAGUAAUUGAGCUACACCCGCACAUUGUGAAGAGAUUCUGUUUAUAUAAAGGCAGUGAUUCAUUUGCAGUAAUAUAUGUCGUGUUUAUUUGGAAGAUGUUAAAUAUAAAGAGUGAUUGAUUUUGAUAACUUGUCAGAUUGCAGUUUUCUUCUCACGUCAAUUGACUUAAAAUCUCAUCACUUGGACCUUAAGUGGUUUUAAUGCCAACAUGAUAAAUGCUAUUUGCUGUGGUUGUCGGUAGAUUUUGUGAUCAGUAAUUGUUCAUUAGAAAAGGUCUGAUACUCUGCAUCACCAUGAUGAAAAUGUUCUGACUGUUUAGGACUGUACUCUACACCAGUCAGGUUCCUAGGAGUUGAACACAGAUUUUCACCCAAUCUGUACUGAAUUAAAUAGAUGACAUAAAGCUAAUUUUCUUGA